AUGUCUCAUCAAGUCUACACUGAAUGCUCCUCUCGAACCACCGUUGACUUUGCACUAAGAGGCCACUUCAUCGCUACCGAUCACGACGAUGCUGCUGACAGGGACGACGAGCAAGACCUGAUGCUUAUAUGUGGUGGAUGCCUCCUUAGGCUCUAUCGACUUACCUCUAAUAGAGAACUCAGGUUCGUUUGUGAAACCCUCCUCCCCGGGCGAUGCCACGAUGCUGUUGUCUAUCACUGUCCCCAAGCAGUGCUUGAUGAGCAGGACGAUAUCGCUGUGAAGCAGGAUCAAGUACUGUUGAUAUUCAGAGAUGGCCAGUUGUCGCUACUGUGUUUCGACCCCUACGCCAACGCGAUGCGAUCUACGUGCAGCUACUCGCCACUAUACGGCGGUACUUCUCAUAUCACAGGGGUGGAGGAGGCCACUGGCAGUGAUGGCUCCAGUGAGGACCCCAAUUCUUCCCCAAGUCGUUACAUGCAGCUGAGCGUAAUACGGGCGGAGGGCAACUCGUAUGCGUCUAUCGUUUGA